GUCUUGUUCUGUGUUACAAAUACAGCGACUCGUAAUCACCAAGAAUAUGAAUAUCGCGCGCUUUUCUCUUCUCUCGUGAUCUGGGCUAUAAAAAUUUCUCCAUACAGGUCUAUAUCUAUCUUCUUCUCUUCUCUUGCAUUGCCACGGUAGUUUUAUCACUUAACAACCAUGGUGGAUUCGGUCGUUGCCCCAAAGGGCAUUCGUAUCGCCAUAGAUCGUGGUGGGACUUUUACCGACUGUGUUGGCAAUCCAGGAACUGGGAAGAUGUCUGACGACGUGAUAAUAAAAUUGCUCUCUGAGGACCCUCAAAAUUACGAAGAUGCACCUCUUGAAGGUAUACGGCGACUGCUUUCGAAGUUCUCUGGAAAAGAGAUUCCUCGCGGUCAGCCACUAGAUACGUCAAAAAUAGAGAGUAUACGAAUGGGGACUACUGUGGCAACCAAUGCGCUCCUGGAGAGAAAGGGCGAAGACAUUGCGAUGGUGGUUACAAAAGGCUUCAAAGACUGUCUGGAAAUUGGGAAUCAGAGCCGACCAAACAUUUUCGACUUGGCAAUACGAAAGCCGGAUGUAUUGUACAAGAGAGUGGUCGAAGUAGACGAAAGGGUCACGUUAGAGGACUAUGCGGAAGAUCCAGAACGCACAAAAUCGGAUGCGCCAUCGAGAGACAAGUCUGGAAACGAUGACGAGCUUGUCAUGGGCUUGUCGGGCGAAGCAGUACGAAUUUUACAGAGGCCUAACGAAAAUCGAAUACGAGAGCAGCUCCAGGAGGUUUUUGACUCGGGUAUCAAGAGCGUGGCUGUUUGUUUGAUGCAUGCAUACACAUAUCCUGACCAUGAAGCGCUUGUUGGGAAAAUAGCAAAGGAAAUUGGGUUCGAGCACGUGAGCUUAUCCCACGAGUUAAUGCCUAUGAUAAAGUUAGUGCCGCGAGCGACCUCUGCGUGUGCCGAUGCAUACCUCACUCCAGCAAUCAAGAAAUAUAUCUCAGGAUUUCAGAAAGGAUUUGAGGGAGGACUCGGCACCGAAAGUGUUAAACGUGAGAAUGGUGGCAAGGGCGCUCGUUGUGAAUUUAUGCAAUCAGAUGGUGGAUUAGUUGAUGUCGACAUCUUCUCGGGACUUCGAGCGAUCCUCUCAGGACCUGCUGGAGGAGUGGUAGGUUACGCACUUACCUCGUAUGACCCCGAAACCAAAAUACCUGUCAUUGGUUUUGAUAUGGGCGGCACUAGCACGGAUGUCAGCCGCUAUGGUCAAGGCCGAUAUGAUCAUGUUUUUGAGACGACAACUGCAGGUGUCACCAUUCAGUCGCCACAACUUGAUAUCAAUACAGUUGCGGCUGGCGGUGGAUCAAGACUCUUUUGGCGCAAUGGUCUCUUCGUUGUCGGCCCCGAGUCCGCCAGUGCUCAUCCGGGCCCAGCAUGCUACCGCAAAGGAGGUCCCCUUACAAUUACAGACGCUAAUCUCUUCCUUGGACGACUACUGCCGGAUUUCUUUCCCAAGAUAUUUGGACCAAAUGAAGACCAAGGGCUGGAUGAGGAAGCAAGUAGGAGGCAAUUUGAAGAGCUAGCCAAGAAAAUCAACGAGGAUAUCACCAGCAGCGGGAAGGAGAAGGAGAUGUCACUCGAUGAAGUUGCAUAUGGUUUCAUCAAGAUUGCAAACGAAACUAUGACAAGGCCAAUCAGAAGUUUGACAGAAGCCCGUGGCCACGAUACUAGCAAGCAUCGUUUGGCAACUUUUGGUGGUGCUGGUGGACAGCAUGCGGUUGCCAUUGCGGAAGCGCUUGGAAUUCGGCAAAUCCUUGUGCACAGGUACAGCUCAGUCCUGUCAGCCUACGGAAUGGCUCUCGCAGAUGUGGUCGAUGAAAGACAGGAGCCGGAAUCAAAGGUAUGGUCUAACGAAGAUGAUGUAAAGCAGUACUUGCAGAAGAAGAUGGAGGACCUCAAGGAAAAAUCACGGAACAGACUGCGCGACCAAGGGUUUGAUGACGAGCAGAUACACUUUGAAGAGUAUCUCAACAUGCGAUAUCGUGGGACGGAAUCCGCUUUGAUGGUCAUCAAGCCGGACAAAGACGAGUUUAACGGAAAUGAGUGGGCUUUUGGCGAUGCAUUUAUCAAACAACAUGAACAAGAGUUUGGUUUCACUUUGCCCGACCGGGACAUUAUUGUUGACGAUGUCCGAGCUAGGGGAAUUGGAAAGACUUUUCAAGGUUUAGAGAAGACAGUAGAUCAACAGCUCAAGGAGGUCAAACCGAAAGAUCUCAAAAAAGGAGAAAAAGUCUACAGAACCUCGCAAGUCUACUUUGAAGGUGGCAGACAAGAAACGCCGAUUUACAAGCUUGAAGAGCUCUCCACAGGCGAUCGAGUCUCCGGUCCUGCAAUUAUUGCUGAUGGAACCCAGACCAUUGUGGUCACACCCGGUGCGACAGCAUUGAUGAUUGAGACACAUGUCGUCAUCAAUAUCGGCGAGGGUGAGAUGCAAGACAAGAAGUUGACCACCAAAGACGUCGACCCUAUCAUGUUGAGCAUAUUUGCCCAUCGUUUCAUGGCGAUCGCCGAGCAGAUGGGUCGUGCGUUGCAGAAGACCAGCGUGAGCACAAAUGUAAAAGAGAGACUAGACUACUCAUGCGCACUGUUCGAUGCCGAAGGCGGACUAGUUGCUAACGCACCACAUUUGCCAGUACAUCUUGGCAGCAUGUCCACAUGCGUUCGCAAGCAAGCCGAAAUAUGGAAAGGAAGGCUCAAGAGAGGCGACGUCCUUGUAUCGAACCAUCCCAUGUUUGGAGGCACACAUCUGCCUGAUAUAACUGUCAUCACUCCCGCGUUCAGUGGCGAUAAGAUUGUCUUCUACGUUGCAUCAAGAGCGCAUCACGCAGAUAUUGGCGGCAUUUUACCUGGAUCGAUGCCGCCCAUGUCUCGAGAGCUAUAUCAAGAAGGUGCCGCCAUCAAAUCUGAAAAGUUGGUAUCCGAAGGCAAGUUCAACGAAAAACGUAUUACAGAGCUUUUGUUCGACGAGCCCGCGCGGUGGCCAGGCUGUAGCGGUACCCGAUGCUUGGCAGAUAACAUAAAUGAUUUGAAGGCUCAGGUGGCAGCAAAUCAAAAAGGCAUCAAUCUUAUUUCCACGCUUAUCGAGGAGUAUGGGGAGGAAGUUGUGCAAUUUUACAUGCAUAGCAUUCAAGAUAAUGCCGAGAGGAGCGUAAAAGAGCUACUAAAGGAAGUCAGCAAAAGGUUCGAGGGCCAGGACCUAACCGCAAUCGACUACAUGGACGACGGUAGUCCGAUUAAACUGAAAAUAAGCAUCGACUCUGAGAAGGGAGAAGCAAUUUUCGAUUUUGACGGUACCGGUCCUGAGGUUUAUGGUAAUACGAACGCUCCAGAGGCCGUGACGUACUCAGCUAUCAUCUAUUGCCUGCGUUGCUUGAUCAAAGAAGACAUUCCCCUCAAUCAAGGUUGUCUAAAGCCGAUCCAUGUUAAGAUACCGAAACGGUCAUUCUUAUCACCUUCAGAUAAGGCUGCUGUAGUAGGUGGAAAUGUUUUGACAUCUCAGCGGGUGACGGACGUUGUUCUCAAGGCCUUCAAUGCUUGCGCUGCUUCUCAAGGUGACUGCAACAACCUUACCUUCGGCUUUGGUGGCAACCAGUCUGGAGGCGAUGCUGUCAAAGGAUUUGGAUACUACGAGACAAUCGCAGGAGGCUCAGGAGCAGGGCCCACAUGGGAUGGCACCAGUGGUGUGCAUACUCAUAUGACAAACACAAGAAUAACGGAUGCCGAAGUAUUCGAGCGUCGGUACCCGGUCAUACUACGCGAAUUCUCCUUGCGCGCAGGCUCAAGGGGAAGGGGUCAACACGACGGAGGAGAUGGUGUAAUUCGUGAUAUCGAGUUCCGAAUACCGGUGAAAGUGAGUAUUUUAAGCGAACGCAGGGUCUAUCGUCCAUACGGUCUUGAUGGUGGAGAGGAUGCCCAAUGCGGGCUCAACCUUUGGGUUCGCAAGGUACCAAAGAGUGAUAAAUUUUCAGAUGAUGCACCUAGCGGCACUUCGACACCUAGUACGAAUGGACAGAAGGAAAAAGGUUCUGGUGAUGAGGAAGAACAGUAUAGAUACAUCAACCUGGGAGGCAAGAACACAGCGGAUAUGCAACCGGGUGAACGUAUCAUCGUGAUGACACCCGGAGGAGGUGGGUGGGGCAAGAUCGGGGAGAAAAGCAAGGCCGUGAAGGAGAAGGAUCCAAAGCAUGCUUGGAGACAGGGAAGUGUUGCUAUGAGACAGUCUGAAGCGGAGGCGUCAGCAUAAAGCUCUCGUUUUUGGUGUGAACAACACGUGCGACAUCUGCCUGGAAGAAGCUGCGAAUAGAAGUAUUGGAUAAAUUCAGACAGCACUUGGAAUGACAUAUCCGGUUGGCCUUUGUACUAUGAUCGCGGCUGCGGUUGUGGCUGAGACUGAUGCAUACAUUUCAACAGGGUAGAGUCCAAUGUACUCGAAGCACCCCAAGGUGCUAAGCCUAGACUGAUUGACCACCAAGCUCGCGCCUGAAAUAGCAUUACGAAUUGCUUAGCUCAGGUCAAGCGCAAGCCCCAGCACCAGCCUUGUGGGAAAGAUCUUUGCGUCUACAUGUCCUCGACGGUUGAGAGGCUCCAAACCGCCGAUUAGAACUAAAGGGCGUUUCAUCCUUGUCAAACAAAGCGGCACAGAACAAGCAGCCUUUCUCUGUGGCCGUGCUCCAAAUGAAACCUUGUGGACGCCCCCAACUUACAUCCAGAACGGGAAAUCGGAGAAGCCAUGCAGAAAUCCUCAGGAGGCACCGCUUAUCUCGUCGGAGCAGUUGCGUUGCAAUGGCAUCCUUAAGAAUGAUGAAUAAUAUCCUUAACGUGUUCUCGAGUGAUCUAUUUCUUU